CGACGGGGUCGGGGCGGUCGGAGCCGCCUGCCGCGCGCGGCAGUCGCGGCACGGCAGUCGGCGGCAGCGCUCCGGAGUUUUCGCUGGUCACCAUGGCGUCGGGCAAGACCGUCGUCGUCCUCGCGCCGAACGGUCGCCGGCAGAGCGUGAGGGUGACGAUCAACACGACGAUUCUGCAGGUUCUGGAGGAGGUGUGUCAGAAGCAGGGCUACAACGCCGACGACUAUGACAUUAAACACAAUCGCCAGAUACUGGACCCCAGCGCGAUCUUCCGCUUCGCCGGGCUGCCGAACAACGCGCAGCUGGAGAUGGUGGCCUGCACGAGGGCGCGCCCCACGUCCAACGUCACGAUCGGCAUCCAGCCGGAGGACGGGGCGAGGGUGCUGAGCGAGUUCCCGCCCGGCGCGACGCUGGCCCAGGCGCUGACGCAGAUGUGUCCCGAUUCCGACCUCGAGAGGGCCGUGCUGAUCUACAUGCAUCGCGAAGUAUCUGGCAGAGAAGCGUUAGAGAAAACAACGUUCAAGUCGCUGGGGCUCAACAAUGGAAAGGCGAUCUUGAGAUUGAUGUAUCGUGACCAAGAACAAUUAAAGACUCAGGCACACGUGUCUGCUCCUCUGCUUCCAAAGACAGUCGCGAGGGCGGACGAGUCGGCGAGCGAUAAAGAUUACCAAAGGCUACCGUCGUCCACGCUACAUUGUAACAAGACGAGGAAUGACAUACCGACGGAGAGUGCAUCGGAAAUACAAAGUCAGAACGAGCCGGAAGGCGAAGCAAAGGUAGAUGCGAGAGAGGAGAGAGUAGACGCGCUCGGUGAAAAACAAGAGAGGGACGCACCGGAGACGAGAGAAGGCUCCACUGCGUCUAAUGACGAAGCUCGCGAGGCGGACGAGCGUGUCGCGGGUACAUGCGCAACAGUCGAGGGGAAUGCGAGAUAUGAAAUUAAGUUUUUGGGGGAGAGAAACGCUCUGGUGUUCAAUCAAGCCGGGACUCAAGCAUUGCCAAGGGACGAACUACCGGACAGCUUCUUCGACCUGGAUCUGCACGACGCGAAGACACUCUUACGGGAUGCUAAGCGCCGUAGAGAACAGCUCGAGGACGCUCCGCUUCUGACGGAGACACAGCGCCAGCUGGACCGGGACAAGCACAUCCUCGACCGGCUGAACAAGUAUCGUCGCGCCGUGAUUCGCGUGCUAUUUCCCGAUCAGUUCGUUCUUCAGGGAUUAUUCGGGCCGCUGGAGACGAUCCGAACGGUUAAGGACUUUGUCAAAAACUACUUGGACGAUCCGGAUGGCGAAUUUAUCAUCUACACUACCCCACCAAGGCAUAUCUUAGACCCCGACGCACGACUAAUAGACGAAAAUCUUGUUCCCUCUGCUAUCGUUUAUUAUUCCGGACAAUCGUCGCUAAGGCCGAGUGUAAAAGCAAAACUGACAGAUCCUAGAGCUGCCGGUAUCGAAGCCGUCAAGUCUAGGAUCGCCACGAUGCGGAAAGAACAAGAUCCAACGGCUGAAAGUGAUAGAGGCACAGUUGUCGAGAGCAACGCCACUCCGGGACCGAGCGGUAGCGAUAAAUCAUCGUCAUCGUCUCAGAAUCAAAACAGGACACCGAAAUGGUUCAAACAGACGUUCAAAUAAUCGAUUGUCUAACGGCACCGAAAGGUGUGACACCUUAAAUUUUCAAUAUAAACAUUGCUAUACUGAUACGGGAUUUCAAUGAAGACCCAUAUGCAAACGUCCAAGGAGAAAUGGACAGUCAAGAUGACAUCAAAUUGAUUUUCAUCUCUUCUUGGGCGUGCACACAUAUGUGCCGUCAUAUGUAUUCCUCUAACAAGUCUUAAUAAAAUAUACAAAUCUGUAUACAACAAACGUCCGUGUCUCUCAUUAUUCUAAUUGAAAUGUACAAAGCUUUACACACAAGAUUCUGAUGCUUAGUAAAAUUAGUUACAAAAGUGGAAAUCAAAUUAUACGUAUACAAAUAGGAUUCUUACCAUCUAACUAUGGCCGCGGUAAUAACAUCUUACAUGUUAUAAUCUGUAUAUAUAUAUAUAAUUAUAUAUAUAUAUAUAAUUUGUAUGAAAAACAGUGAUAGAGCCGAGUGAUGAAAAGUACAAUUGUGAAGUAUGUAUCAAUGGUACUAACUGUGUGAUAAAGGUGCUCUGAUCGAUAACAUUAAGUAUAUAUUUUAUUGAGUAAUAAAUGUAAUAAUUUGGA